UACAACUUACUUCCGGGAUAGAGAGAGUAUCAACGUGAGGUUAUCAAGAAUGGGGCACACAAGUUUAGACAAAAUUAUUGCACUACAGAAAAACACAGCAAACAUAAGGAAUCUUUGUAUUUUAGCUCACGUGGAUCAUGGUAAAACAACUUUAGCAGAUUGCUUGGUAGCCAGCAACGGUAUUAUAUCCAGUCGCUUAGCAGGAAAGCUGAGAUAUCUGGACAGCAGAGAAGAUGAACAGAUCAGAGGAAUAACUAUGAAAUCCAGUGCAAUUUCAUUGCAUUACGCGACUGGUGGAAAUGACUACCUCAUCAAUCUGAUUGAUUCACCCGGGCACGUGGACUUCUCCUCUGAAGUGUCAACUGCAGUUAGAUUGUGUGAUGGUGCCAUUGUCAUUGUGGAUGCUGUGGAAGGAGUUUGCCCACAGACACAAGCAGUGUUACGACAGGCCUGGUUGGAAAACAUCCGUCCAGUACUGGUGAUCAAUAAAAUAGACAGGCUAAUCAUUGAACUGAAACUCACCCCGCAAGAGGCCUACACGCACCUUCAGAAGAUAUUAGAACAGGUAAAUGCAGUGACAGGGUCUCUCUUCACCUCUAAAGUCCUGGAGGAACGAGCGGAGAAGGACACAGAGAAGCAGGAGACCAAUGACAGUGUCAGUGGUGAGCAGGUGUAUGACUGGAGUGCGGGUCUGGAGGAGACAGAUGAUUCUCACCUGUACUUCUCACCUGACCAGGGCAAUGUGGUCUUUGCCAGUGCCAUAGACGGCUGGGGCUUCAGCAUCCAGCAGUUUGCACAGAUGUACUGUCAGAAAAUGGGGAUUAAGUCUGAGGUUUUGCUGAAGACGCUCUGGGGAGAUUUCUACCUCAACGCCAAAGCAAAGAAGAUCAUGAAGGGGGCUCAGCCCAAAGGCAAGAAGCCCCUGUUUGUUCAGCUUGUUUUGGACAAUAUUUGGAGUUUAUAUGAUGCCGUUGUCACCAGAAGAGACAAAGAAAAAGUUGAGAAGAUGGUGGCCUCCCUGGGUUUGAAAGUAGCAGCGAGAGAUGCUCGCCAUUCUGACCCCAAGGUGCUCCUGAGCGCCAUCUGCAGUCAGUGGCUGCCAGUGUCCCAGGCCGUGCUGACGAUGGUGUGCGACAAGCUGCCCAGCCCGCUGGACAUUGCGGCCGAGAGGGUCGAGAAGCUCAUGUGUGUCGGAGCCAGGAGGUUUGAGUCCCUCCACGAGAAGACCCAGGAGCUCAAAGCAGCAUUUCUCGGCUGUAAGAGCGACGAGGCGGCUCCAGUCAUCGUCUUCGUGUCCAAGAUGUUCGCGGUGGACUCAAAGGCCUUGCCGCAGAACAAGCAGAGGCCGUUGACUCAGGAGGAGAUCGCCCAGCGCAGGGAGGUGGCCAGACAGAAGCACGCCGAGAGAAUGGCAGCCAGUCAGGGCGCGGAGAACACCGAGCAGCCUCGGCCUGCGACCCAGACAGCGCCACCCGCUGGUGAGAACAGCACAGGUGGCGAGGCGCCGUCUGGGCCGUCUGAGGCCGUGGUGCCGAAGGCCGGCCAGCCAGACGAGGAUGGCAAGGACCACUUUGUCGCCUUCGCCAGGGUGUACAGCGGGGUCGUGAGGAGGGGGCAGAAAGUGUUCGUGCUGGGGCCCAAAUACGACCCUGCGCAAGCCCUACAGAAGCUGCCGGAGGGGUGCUCCGCCGCAGACGAUCUCCCGCCACUGGCUUCCAUGGCCCGAUGCACCCUGGAGAGCCUCUACCUGCUGAUGGGCAGAGAGCUGGAGGAGCUGGAGGAGGUUCCCGCAGGCAAUGUGCUCGGUAUCGGAGGGAUGGAGGAGUGGAUACUGAAGUCCGCCACUAUUUCGUCAUCCCCGGCUUGCCCUCCCUUCACCCCUCUGAACUUUGAGGCCACCCCCAUAGUGCGAGUGGCCAUCGAACCCAAGCACCCAAGUGAGAUGCCCAAGCUGGUGCGAGGUAUGAAACUGCUGAAUCAGGCCGACCCCUGCGCCGAGGUGCUGAUCCAGGAGACAGGGGAGCAUGUCCUGGUGACGGCGGGCGAAGUUCACCUCCAGCGUUGCCUGGACGACCUGCGAGAGAGAUUCGCCAAAAUAGAGAUAAGCGCCUCCAAACCAAUUAUCCCGUUUCGGGAGACGGUGAUCCGGCCACCCAAAGUGGACAUGGUGAAUGAGGAGCUCGGCAAGCAGCAGAAGGUGGCCGUGAUCCACCAGGCGAAGGAGGAGCAGCCCAAGGGACCCGAGGGGAUCCAGGUGGAUUCCGGCGGCCUCGUCACGCUCACCACCCCCAACAAGCUGGCCACCAUCGGGGUCAGGGCCCUGCCGCUUCCUGAGGAAGCCACCCGGCUGCUGGAGAGCAGCGGCGACCUCAUCCGAACAAUGGAGCAGUUCAAUCUGUCCAUAAAGGAGGGGAAGGCCCUGGAGAUCAACCAGAAGACCUUGGAGUCCAUCCGGGAGCUGAAGGAGAGCCUGGAGGCGCACCUGCAGGGGCGGAGGUGGAGGAACGCCGUCAACCGCAUCUGGUCCUUCGGCCCGCGCCGGUACGGGCCAAACGUGUUACUGAACAACCUGGAGGGCUACCAGCGGCCCUCGGUGUGGCAGUGCCUGGAGAAGGAGAGGCCCGAGGCCGGCGCCUACAGGGACUUCGACAACAGCGUGGUGAGUGGCUUCCAGCUGGCCACGCUGGCGGGCCCCAUGUGCGAGGAGCCGCUCAUGGGCGUCUGCUUCUCCGUGGAGAGGUGGGACUUGAAGGUCCCCGCCCUGCCCUCCCACCAGGACUCGGUGGAGGAGGAGCUGUCCCAGGAUGCACUGGGGCCGCCUGACUCGAGCGGCGACUUGGCGCCGUCCCAGCAGGAGGCGCGCGACGCGGACGCCGCCGCCGCCGCCCCCGGUGCCGGCCAGGGCAGGCGCAGGAACGAGGCGGCCGCCGCAGACUGCUACGGCCCCAUCUCCGGCCAACUCAUUGCUGCAGUCAAAGAGGCCUGCCGACACGCCUUCCAGGCCAAGCCCCAGCGCCUCAUGGCCGCCAUGUACACCUGUGAGAUCAUGGCCACCGCGGAAGUGCUCGGUCGCGUGUACGCUGUCCUGUCCAAGAGGGAGGGCCGGGUGCUGGCGGAGGAGAUGAAGGAGGGCACGGAAAUGUUCAUCAUCAAAGCCGUGCUGCCGGUGGCCGAGAGCUUCGGGUUCGCCGACGAGAUCAGGAAGCGCACCAGCGGCCUGGCCAGUCCGCAGCUGGUCUUCAGCCACUGGGAGGUGAUCUCCAGCGACCCGUUCUGGGUGCCCACCACGGAGGAGGAGUACCUGCAUUUCGGCGAGAAGGCCGACUCCGCCAACCAGGCCCUGAAGUACAUGAACGCCGUGCGCAAGCGCAAGGGGCUGUACGUGGAGGAGAAGAUCGUGGAGCACGCCGAGAAGCAGAGGACACUCAGCAAAAACAAAUAGACCUCACCCCGACGACGUCACAGCGCUGCUUUUACGGACCGGGACGACCAGAUGCCUGUUUUAGCACAGCCAAGGGAUCACAGUGGACAUUCGCCAUUAUUUAAUAUUAAUUUUUGAAUUAUUUAUGAAUUGUACAAAAAAAAUGUUUAUUUUCUCCUAGUUUGCUGUGAUAGUUUCAGUGUUCAGGGUGUUGACUGAUUUUCUCAUAAUUAGGGGAGUGGCCAGGUCGUACUGGCCCACAGUUGGUGCGAGUGUUGGGAUUAGGCCCGGGUCUGAUCUGCAGCUAAUGACAUCAGAGUGCCGAGGAGAUUCCCCGGGUGGCGAGAAGUAGUUUUGAUUCCUGAACUUUUGCUGCACGUUUGGGACAUUUACUUGAAAGAGUCAGUUACAGUCAUGCAUAAUUUAAGAGCUUUUCUGUUAAAAUAACGUUCCAAAUUUGGUAAAGAAAGUUCAGUCACUUGAAUAUUAAUUCCGCUCUCUCCCAAUUGAGUUUUAUUAUGCACGUUCUGAAGACUGGAAUUUAAUUUGGCAAACACAAAUAGGACAUAAAUGCGAAAUUAAAAGUGUUUUAAUUAUCGCCUGGGACAAAUUCCGUCAAAAUAAGCAGUCCUCUUGAUCCAGCAUUAGGCAGUAACUUCUGAAAUAGGCCGCAUUUUCUUUGAUACACAGAAGAAUGACAAUGUGUUUUCAAUAAUAGAAAAAGCUGUUAUUGCAGUGACCACAACCAUUAAGACAUUAUUUUGAAACAUUGAAAGAAUAAAGUAAAAAUGACAUUUUGAAACACA